CUACUAUCUGCCAAUCACUCGCUUCUCUGCGACACACCGAUCCUCGCUGCUAAACCCUAACCGACUGCCCGACCGAGAUCAUCGUCGCCGUUGUUGCAUCGAGUCAUGGCCUCAGACUUAACAACGCAGUCCCCGCCGGCUGGCCCACGCAUACCAAAGCUCAAGUAUAGGAACCCACUGCCGCCAGAUCAAAUCUCGCUAUCGUCGCAGGUUUCAUCUCAGGAGUCGACACGGCCGCCAACGCAAAGACAAGCCUCAGCUGCAAGUUCAGAAUUCCCUCCGUCACCCUGCCGGCCGUCUUUCGAGACUGCUGCAAGUACCACAUCCAGUCUGGCGUCCACACCGUCCAGCCACUCGAGUUCCAAUGACUCCAAGGCGCCAAAGAAGAAGAAAAAGAGCAACUCGGUGUUUGGCUUCUUGUCUCUGAAAGAACCUUCUCAGGCGGCUUUCGAGCAGUUUGCCGAACAGCAGCGCAAGCAAGGCAAUGGACGGGGUUCGAUAUCGCCCUCGAAUUCUUCCGUCAAGAGUGGUGCCACGUUUGCAAGCAAGAAGUUGCCGGAAACCGUUCCCAAAGUCAAUUCCAAAUGGGAUGGUGUUCCGGAAACAGUAAAAAAGCGCCAGUCCACAGCUGCUUCCGCCACCAGGUCAAGCAAGGACACCAAACGGUCAUCAGGAUCCUCGUUUGGAACAAAAGGCUCGAAUCUCGCUGCACUACCUUGGAACGAUUCAGAAUUCUCUGUCAUGUCAAACGAGUCCCGGGGCCCGCCCAACUCGAUCAGAUCCGUCUCACACGGGAUCAACGCCGACAUCUAUCACAACGGACACUAUAUUCCCUCCUCGCCAUCUGAUAGUUCGCUGGCUGAGCCAUCUCACUAUCACCCUGAGGAGCCAAUGGCAUCUGGUGCCCUGCCAGUAGCCCAUUCGGACGACGCCGAAGACAAGCCUCUGUCCAGGGACCAGUAUCCAACAGUGCAAGAUCUCGAGAGCGUAAGAUCGAUAUCGCCCGCAUCAUCAACAGCAUCAGUCGAUACCAUUGUACGUGCCGAAGCCGAUGUAAUCUUCAAGAAGAUGAACGACCGUCCCCAGCAGCAGAAUUUCUGGGGUGGAAGCGCGCCAGCCGUGCAGACACCCUCUGAGGCUGGUUCCGAGUCGGAUGUGCCCGAGUCUCACGAUUUUCUCUUCGAGCUACCGUCUGGCACCUCAUCGCAGAAGACAGACUCUCCCAUGGCAUCGCCAUCAGGCUCCUAUAGUGUUCCAGAUAUCCACCACGCCGAACCACCAGCACCCUACACCCCAUCGCCUGUUUACGACAACCCGCCUGUCCCUCACUACUCCCCCUCGCGGCCAGUCCAAAACUUCAGCCGGCCAAUGGCAUCUCCGACACCCAAGCCGGUCAGUUUUUUCCAGCCAACAGCUCCGCCGCCUGUGGCGCCAUCAUCCAUUCGGUCACGGGCCAAGAGCUCCAGCCUUCCAACUCUAUACGAGAACUCUAUCGCCAGCACCGAGUCUCUGGAGACGAUCCGGGAUGACGAUGCGCAGUCGAUUGCGCCGUCUUUCACGCCAUCCUCGAUUGCGCCUUCUGAACUAUCGGAGCACUGGCACCAAUCUUCCCGCGACCGGCUUGGUCUGGGCGGGCAAAUGCGCAAGAGCGAUGUGCUGCCGUGGAACACAAAGGAGGAAACUCCAGGUAAGCCCAAGAGCAGACAUCGUUUGUCAUUGUUGAUGAAGGGCGCACUACGGUCAUAAGGUUCCCCUGGUGGUGAACUGCGACUAACUCUCGUGCAUAACAGCUCGCUACAGCCAGCAACCAUCAUAGUUCGCCAUUUGUGUUUAUUCAGCGUUCAGCGUCAGCAUCAUGUCUCGAGCGACGGUCAUCACCGUUUUACGUAUAGAUACCCAAUCCAUGUCAACAUAUCGGAGUCACUCGCUUCAUGUACACGGUCACCAAUCUUCAGUGCAGCAUUUUGCCGUCAUCACAUCCCCGCAAGCGACAUCAAGCAACCGCAUGAUCGCCAUGACAGCGCAGAGCGGUGGUCGCCGUCUGAUGUGGGCUAGACAGCUGGCGGCGCAUAAUGUGCGCCAUCCGCCAACAGUAACGU